CCGUGUGAAAGAGCUUAGUGGGUCGACUGGAAUCGGAAGAUUUUAUUUUAUUUCGGCCUUACCUCUUUGUUCCUUUUUUGAAAUUCUGUGCUGGGUUCUUUUUCCUUGCGUGUCGGCGCGUUGUGGAAACGCAAGGCGCAUUUGUUCCCGCCAUCACAGAAGUGUAUCCUGUCACCCUGUCCUUCUUUCGAGUCAAUACCUGACCUGUCACCCUGUCCUUCUUUCGAGUCAAUACCUGAAGUGGGAGGAGGGUCGUCUUGUUGUUUGCGUUCGACUGUGUUUCGAAUUUCGCGUUCAUCGCCACACGUGUUAGCCUUUGCUGUCCCGGAGUAGGUGUCUAUCACGCGCUUUUUCGUGCCCGCGCCGAUCUUGAAUCUCCGCCGGUGUGUUGUUGCCGUGAUAGAAUCGUCUGCGGUGGUGAUAAUCUUGUGCCGCGGUGGUAAUCUUGUACUGUUUUUGAAUGUGUUCUUGCAUGUAGUGUGUGCCGGGUGCAGGCCGUAGGCAGUCGACUGGCCGGCUAGUUUUCUGGCUAGCUAGCUGGUUGGAACAGCUCAUCUUGUAGUUAUGGCGGACGAAACACAGGUGCUGGUGACUGCCCAUCUAGAGGCAACGGCGGCUUCGCUGAUGAACGAGAACAACAAGCGCCGGCUCGACGAAUCGGGGACGGACAAUCUUCCUUCUACCACUCCCGUGGUGGAUGGGCACUUGUAUAACAACGUAGCGCCUCCGGCGCUGUCGGACUUCGACCUCGCGAAGCAGAAGGCGGCGGAGAUCGCCGCGCGUUUGUGUGGUGAUGCUAGUGUGAAACGGGCGAGAACGGAGGAGGAGAGGGAUGGCAACCAGGUGACCAAUUCGACAAUGACCAACGGUCCGGAAUCUACAGUGUCGACAUAUGGUAGAGAACCGAAGUUGGAAAAACCUGGAAUCCAAGCGGCAAAUGCUCAAGGACAAGUUGGUGAUGUACUGGCGGCCUUUCAGCAACAAAAUCAGCAGACGCAGCAGCAGUCCCAAUCUCAGUCACAGCAACAGCCUCAAGCUCCUCUCUCACAGAUCGUCCUUCCACCCUUCUUUGCUCAAGCUCUGUCUACACAAGUUAAGAGAAUCGAAGUGCCAAAUGUGAAGGUUGGUCUGGUGAUCGGAAAAGGCGGUGAGACAAUCAAAUACCUUCAGACACAGUCUGGAGCGCGGAUCCAAGUAACAAGGGAUGCUGAUGCAGAUCCGAGGUCCAAUGUACGGUCGAUUGAACUGACGGGUACAUUGGAAUCUAUCAAUAGAGCAGAGCAGCUGAUCAAUGAUGUCAUUCGUGAGCAGGCAGCCUCCGGAGGAUCUGCGGUGGCGGUUGCUAAAGGAUUGGCGGGAGUGACUGCAGGGGAGUCUGUUCAGAUCAGGGUUCCAAAUCGGAAGGUUGGGCUUAUUAUUGGGAGAUUGGGGGAAACAAUCAAGAACUUGCAGAAUCGCUCUGGAGCUCGUAUUCAGAUUCAAAGUGAUCGGGAAACAGAACCUGGUGCAACAGAGAGAAUAGUUACGCUGUUUGGAAACAAGGCGCAGACGGACCUUGCAGAGGAGCUGAUGAAAGAGGUCAUAAGUGAGGAUCGAUCACGAGGGAUUACACCGGAUCCAGGUUACAAUCCGGGUCAUCGGUCUGGAUCCCAGCCACCAUCGUCACAGCAGCAGUCUCCAGCUUGGGGCCAGCAGCAACAGCUACCUGGAGUUGCAGCCCCGCCGAUGCAGCAACAGGGGCAGCAAUAUGGUUUUCAGCAACAGGCACAGUACCAGGUCCCCCAACAACAAUACGUUAUGCAGCAGCAGCAGCAGCCUUAUGCGGCUUAUGGGCAGCAGCAGCCAAUAGUGAGGGGUUAUACCCCAGGAUGGGAUGGGCAACAGCAAUUCAUUCCACAGCAGCAGGUGCUUCCUCAUCAACAUCCGCAGCAACAGGUCCAACAGCCGCAGGCACCCCCGUCUCAGCAGUCUGGUGUAUACGACUAUUAUGGUCAGUCACAGCAGCCGGUGGUUGCUCAGGGCACUCAGCCGGUUGGUCAGGACUUGUCGCAGCCAGUCCAUCAGCAGAUGCACCACCAAGUUCCCCCUCAGGUUUCCCCACAGCUCCCUGUGGCAUCCCAGGGACCUCAACAGGGGCCCCAGCAGAUAGCAGGUCAAAAUGCCAUACAAACCCCUGCCCCUCCUUCCGAUGGAAGUUACAUGUAUGCGCAGCCGCAGGCAGGUUACUAUCAAUAUCAACACUCUGGUACUCCGCAGGUGGCCCAAGGUGGUUAUGGGCAGCAGAGUUAUGCGCCUGCUCAGCAGCAGUCGUACGCCCAGCCACAGCAGCAGGCUUACGGGCAACACGCUCAUCAGGCAUACUCGCAGACACCACAGGCACCGUAUGUGCAAACACAGCCACAGGUAUACUCUCAACAGCAGACACAGCCACAGCAGCACCAGCAACAGCCGGCGGCAUACGUAGCGCCACCGCAGCAAACCUAUCCUCAGCAGCAGCAACAACCGCAGCAGCCUCCUUCGGCACAGCAGCCUCAAUCGUAUGGAGCCAACAGCUACACGCAAGAUCAGAGCAAUUAUUAUUCUGCUUCAUCGUAUGCAGCACCAGCUGAUGCCAGUACUCACACGGGAUAUGACUACAGUCAGUCCAUGCCCUCGAGCACGGUUGCAACACCAGUCGUCGCAGCUCAACAGCCUGCCGUUGAGCCUGCCCAAUGAGAUUGAUCGAUGUUUUUUUUUGUCUGUUUGUUUUCUCUCUGGUCUACUUCCGGAGUGGAAGAGAUCCUCGAGGUGUAUGUGCUAUGGCUUGGACACCGUUGCAGCAGCGGGCAAAGUGCUGUGAAUUCCAUUUUUGGGGAAACUCUAGCUGUGAUAAUGCAUGGUAUCCCCCCCCUCCCCCCCGGUUCUCUGACAAGGAGGGAGGAAGAUGUUGUGCACAAAGGGCUCCCUGCUAUCUAUUCCUGCGCCCCCUACGAACGGUGGAUAGGAACAUCAGAGGAAGCCGGCAAAGGUGUGCAGAGCUUUUUAUGUGUACGGGUGAUCUCGAAAAUGCCUUCUGUUAGGAGGGGGCGGAGAUAUUCAUCUGCAGUGGCAUGCCAGGUGGUGGAUCGAGGGCGAGGUAGUGCUUCUCUUCGAGCCAGUCGGUGAGCUAUUCGAUGAGUUUUGGCGAGUAGAUUUGUGAGGUGUACAGGAUGUUCUCUGAACGUUGCUUCUUGUGGGCAACAUGGAGAAGUGCUGGAUUUAGCACAUGUGUGCACAGGUGUCGUUAAACGGAGUUGGAGGCUUGGAGGGAGAGUCUUGUAGUUGCACAUGUGAGGUCUGGCAUUGUCCAUGGGCUGUGAAGUUGUGCGCAAGCAACAUAAUCUCGGUAAUCGGGCUGUUGAGGCUGUAAUCGGAAGUUUCAAUUUAUUCCCAUGUGAGUUGGAGUAUACGUGGAGAGGAUCUCUUCUUGAUCACACUGAUUGCUGUUUAAUCCCAGGGCACGGUGGUUAGGGAAAAUAGUUAAUUGAUUGAAUAAUGCUAAAGCCACUGUUCAGAUGGAAUACGGUUGCACAGUUGGAAGGGCCAAGCAGCCUGUAGGUAGUAGUUCAGGCGUGGUCAUUGUUUCUUCCAAUAACGACCAAAAAAAAAUGCAUUUUCCAACCACUUGGGAUAUGUUUGUGACUCGACCUCUCCCCUCACCUGUGUUUUCUAUCUGUGCUAUGAUGUGAUUUACUUUCACCCCAAGGCGUUGUGAGGCUGCGGGUGCAGGAUGCUGGACAUCAUCUGGUGCUAAUCUGUUUGGACAGCGUUUGUACUCCUGACAGGUGGUUGGAUGAACCUCUGCGAUGUUGUGAUAAGUGCUACGUAUAGGAAUGUCGAGAAGAAGUUUCUGCUCUCUGAGUACAAGAGCCAGGGUGGGUCUCUAAUACAAUGGGAGGGAAGUACAAUACAAGGUGGGUCUAACAGUUUUGGAGGGAAGUGCGGUUUCUGUGCUGUAUCAAGUCUAUGGUAAGAACCAUUUUUCGAUGUUAUCAUAUAGUUAUAAUACCGUAAUAUAUUUUGACAUGUAUUUCGCUAAACCCAUGGAUGACAUGAUAUGUCAAAGUGCCUGGUGAG